GAGAAGCAACUUUUAUAGACGUCUAGAAUGCAAGCAAAUGUGGUUGAUGAAUGAAAAAAGGUCCACUAAGCCCUAAUAGGAUAAGUCAGGGGCCCUGUACCAUGGUUUCAAAGGCCCGUUCCUUAUCCUCACGACCUCUCGUUAUCCGACACCUGUUCUCCAAAGCUCUCCGUUCCUCGAGCAGUGCACUGUCUUACAGACUACUCCAAUAUCUUCUGAAGCCCCCCUAGAGUUCUCUUGAGCUCAACUAGGUCCUGAAGCAUGAACGGUGUCGCCGUUCCGCGGGAUCAUCAAUCCCAAGCUCCACGAAAUCCUGCUCAGCGGUGCCACGAAUGUCGAAGAGACUUCCGCCAUGAGAGACACCUGAGGCAGCAUCUAGAGAACUCCCCCCGGCAUCAAUCCCAACCUAUACCUAUACACGAUCACGACGCCAACGAACAGACCGACCCCGCACCUCUCGGAGACUCGGACGAUUUCACAAAGAUAUACUCAUGCACCAGGUGCAAUGCAGUAUUGACAGAGCCAGAAUUCCGGGCUCAUAGCUGCUCGGGUUCUGAUUUGGAUGACGACGUCAAUUGGAACUUGAAUGAGAUGAGGCGUGAUUGUCCAGAGUGUAAUGAGGUUUUCCCCGACUUGCUCGACUUCAUAGACCAUAUGGGAUCGCGAGCAUGCGAGAAUAUCUGCAAUGGAUGUUCUCAUCAUAUUCCAAAAGUGGAGUGGAAGAAACAUUGUCGCAAGAAUCACGCUUGCUUCCAUUGCCAUUCUCACCAUGAUUCGCGCAAGCUAUUGCUCAAGCACGUCCGGACUUGUAAUAAGCGUACAAUUGUCGAUGCAGAUGUUGCAAGGAUAAGCAAUAUUCUCGAAGAAACCGUCCUCGAAAACCGGGAGGGACGGGAUUUUGUGUGUCCCCAUUGCUUAGAGAUUCAUAUGAAUAAGACCAAUCUUCAACAGCAUAUCCUCACGCAUUUACCCGUUGAUGAGAAAUGCUGGGGAUGCGAGCGACUUUUCAGCACGAUACCAGGAAUCAUCAUACAUCUGGAGUCCGGAGCCUGUCCGUCGGCUACCUGCAAAGAAGAACUGAACGGGUGGGCUGCUGAGGUGUUCCAGUGGCGAAACUUCAUCGAGAAAGACUGGGUGAGACGUCUUCGAAACCGCGUCCCCGUUGCCCCAGGAGACCGACCAUUCUACUGCGGCGGUUGCGACACCACGUUCAGCAGCCUCAGUGCGCUGUUUCAGCAUUGUGCGAAUGGCUCCUGUAGCCAGGGAAUAUCAGAAGGGCCAUUGGAAAGGCUGUCGCAUUGGCUCGUAACUCGGUUGAAGCAGUGUCAAAAAGACAGCAGCGAAACAUAAAAAUAGAUCUAAAUAACAUUUAGAGCUUUCGCCGAUUUUAGACACGCUUAUUUCGUCACUUGAAGUGCUUUGAUAGAGUUAGAAAAAGAAUUGCAAUAUAUGUAAGUCUUUCAUCUUAG